UCUGUGCCCCUCACAAUUACCUGUUCCUCCAUAACUGAUGUGAGCGCGUGUAAGUGGAGAGCACAUGCCACGUUGAGAGAACAGACAAGUCUGAACUGAACUGCUUGUACAGCACCGGUUGCAGUGGCUCGCGAGGACCAUUUCUAUUACAAAUCACCUGAAACACCAACACAAACCUCUACCAAGUGGUUUUUAAACGCACCUCCGAAACAAACUGAGGACCUGAGAGACUCGCAAGGAUGCACUUGUUGUCUGCCAGCUGCGUGUGCGCCCUAUUCGUCACUGCUCUCCUCUGCCAAGUCAGCGGUUUGGAGACUGUUAUCGGCCUGUAUGGGGAGACACUUGAGAUCCCGUGCAACAAUGGAGCCAUAAAAGCCGACGACGUCCUCAUCCUUAAAUGGAAAUAUGACAAAGGAGAGGGACUUCCAGGAGACCUGCUGGUCAAGCAGAAAAACCAGAAUGUCUCAAUCAGUGCUACUGAUGAAUACAAGGGCCGUGUGAGCCUGGCUGCAAACUCCAGCCUGCUACUCUCUGAGGCUACGCUGAGCGACCAGCGCACUUUCACCUGCAUGGUGGUUGCUGGGGCAGACAUUGCAGAAUACCCUGUUAAUAUGGUGAUCUACAAGACACCAGCAGGCCUGGAGAUUCUUGACAAAGCAGAGGAGAUAGCAAUUGGCAAACUUACUAAGCUGGGAACAUGUGUUGCAAAUGAUGCAAGUCCAGCAGCAAAUAUCACAUGGUUAAAGAACAACAAACCCUUGGCAGCUGAUGGGAAAGGGGUUUCCAUCCAGGCCUCAGUGCUGGUAGACCCUGAUACUGGCCUUUCGACCACCACCUCCAUACUGGAGUACUCAGCUGAAAAAGAAGACACAGAUGCCCAGUUCAGCUGCAGCACUCAGCACUCCGUGGGCCCAGAGCUGGUGUCCUCUCCAGUAACCUUCAGUAUAACCUAUUCCACAGAGAACAUUGUGCUUCAGGUCAUUGCUCAGGACCCUCUGCUAGAAGGAGACAAUGUGACUCUGAAGUGUAUGGCAGACGGUAACCCAGCUCCUACCAGCUUUAACUUCCACCUUAAGGGAGAAGUGGUGACGGUGGAAGACACAGACAGUUACACCAUCUCAAACGUCUCCCGUGAAACCACCGGUGAAUACAAAUGCUCUCUUGUUGAUGAGCCAACAAUGGAAGAUGCUGAGAACGUCGUGUUAAAUGUAAGCAACCAAAACAAGUACCUAGACAUCAAUUUAAGCCUCUCUGGAAAUGUCGUCAGUAGUGCCGGCAAGACCUUGGAUCUAAAUCUCCAGAUUGAUGCUUCCGGCGACACAAAGGUCUCCUGGACAAAGGAUAAUGUGAAACUGGACAAAAAACCAGAGUUUAGCAAGGUGACGUACUCAGACGCCGGCCGGUAUGAGUCUCAGGUGACAAUGGGUCUGCUGAGCCGAAAAGCUUCUUUUGAACUGGCUGUUGAAGGUGCUCCAGUUAUCAAACACCUGACCAAGCAGCUCGGAGGAGACGGUAGUCACAAAGUCUUGAUUUGUGAGGCUGAAGGUUCUCCAAAGCCGAUUGUUUCCUGGAGCAUCAACGGCACCUCGCUGGAUGAGAGUCUCUUCGUCAACGGAAAGAUCACACACAAGAUUACAGUUGAGCCUCGUGCAAAUCUGACUGUUUCUUGUACGGUGUCCAAUGAGUUUGGCGUGGAUACCAGAGCUAUAACUGUUAAUAUUCAUUCUCUGCUCUCUGAUGUGAAAAUACAUAAACAAGAUUCAGCGGACGACAGCGACCAAACCAAGCUAGUGGUCGGAGUUGUAGUUGGUCUUCUCGUUGCCGCAAUUGUUAUAGGCAUUUCUUACUUUGUCUACUCAAAGAAAUCCAAGCAAGGGAGCUGGAAGACCGGUGAAAAGGAGUGUGGGUCUUCAGAGGAGGAAAAGAAAUUGGAGGAGAAAGUGGAGGAGAACAGCCAAAAAGCUGAGGUGUAAAAAACAAGUACCAUCCUUUGGGAAUGUGAAAGUGAGAACAUGGAACUUUUGCACAUUUCUCUUCACCUCUGGCUAUCGGGAAAAAAAUUGAGCGUACAUUGAGAAGAAAACGGUUUGGAUUUGGUUUCAGGGAGAAUUUUACUAAAAAGCAUAUCCAAACACCCCCCUCCCCUGCCCUCUCCCCCGCUUCCCUCUUAAUCUACACCCCUCCAUUCCUCAAAAAAAAAGAAUGGAUACUGUAUGUGAUAAACAUAACUUGUCUGCACUACUGAUACAUGUGUAAACCUGUCUACUUUUAGGAUUCAUGUUUGUUAGGAUGGAAUUUGGGAAACCGAGAAAAUGCCGAUUUAGUUUUUUGGUUUUGUUAGAUGAUGCGAGUAAAAUAACUUCUAGACCAGUUGCCUUCUGCUGUAAGGAUGUGUAGGCCUGCAUUAGUCUGUGUUUGACUCUUCAACAUCUCAAAAAUUGCAUUUUAAUUUCACUUCAUCGCAGUCAAAACAACCUCUGCCUUCAAAAUCACUGUACUGAACCGUUCACUUUUAUUUUUUGUUUUCAUUCAGCUGUAAAAAAAUCACAUUGAAACUGAGAGGAAAUUCCUGAAAGGGCUAAGGGUAUAUGUGAUACUGGUUAAAGAUGGUUCUAUGAUUUCCAUGUUGCAUUGCAGGAAGUAGCUGAUGUGCCACAGAGUUCUUUAGUGUUACAUAAUUCCUUUUUGUCUUCUUUUGGUUGUGUUUUUCUCUUUCUUGUAAAGUAAACAAGAGAGGAUUCUGUUUUCAAAUGUACUGUACAUUAAACAUAACCACUGUAUAACACAAGCAGGUAGAUUAUUGAGAGAAUGUAAAGCAUAUGUCAGCUCAUUUUACUGUCUCUAGUUUGGCUGCACAGAUUGUUCUGCUUUGUUUGUCAUCAUGCUUUUCUAAAGAGAAAAAAAAUAAGGCUGGAGUAGUUAAAAAAAAAUGUUUAGCUUCUGUGUGAGUUCUCCACCAGUGUUGAGGUACGAUUGUAUAUUGUGAAGCUAUGACAUCAUUUUGUAAUCACAAGGAGAGGACAAGGUGUCAAAGUAGCCGUUACAAUAUGUUUGCCUUCUCAUGAGAAUCUACCUGUAAUCGCUUCAGUUUGUGAUGUGCACUAGCGUUCAUGUUUUCAUGUCAAGUUUGUGUAGAAUAUGAUGGAAUACGUGCAGCUGUACACAAUGUUGGUCCUUCAGGAGCAUUUGCUACGUUUUGAAAAAUGGAUCAAGAACCAGGAUGUAAUUGUGAAGUAUGUGAUUUUGAUUUUCUUCUCUUUUUUUCCUAUUUAUAUUGUGCAAGAUAAUAAAAAAACGUACCUGGUAGGCAAAUUCAGUAAUCAUAACUUGGAUUUAAAUCGUCGGUAAAUUGCUUGCAGACUUUACAAAACUAUAAAUAAGUUGUGAGUCAUGAGUAGGUUGCUCAGCGUCUGGUUGAAUAUAGAUUCAGCAUGUGAUAAUCUCAGACCUCUAAGCUGCUGUUUGUCGCCUACAUUAUUUCAAACCAUCAAUUGGAAGAAUGACCAAAGAAAGUGAACAUUGCCAUGCAAGUAUUGUAAAUACCUGAUGUUUGUUUUUGUACUUUUGUUUAAAAUAAAGUGUACAUUUGGAAAACUUAA